CUUUUUUAACGGACCAAUAGCAACAAUAACAACGUUUAUUUUCGUUUCGUCUAAACAGUGCAAAGCCAUGGCAGGACUCGAGGUGUUGUAUACAUGCGCGGCGAGUUCUAUAACAUCUCCUCAAGAUGCGGUUGUGUGUUUUAUUCACUGGGAAAUUGUAAAGAGUGGAUAUAAAUGUUUGGGAAGUGGAGAUGAGCCCCUAAAUGGAGAGAAGAAAUCAGAGUUGCUUCCUGCAUCCUGGAACACAAACAAGGAGCUGUACACACUGAGAUACAGAUCAAAUGAUGACAAGUCCAACCUGCUCCUCAAAGCCAUCACAGCUGAUUCCAGCUUGAUAUUUAACUUAAUGGAUUCAGCUUCAGACAAAGUCACAGACCUGACUAUUAAUGUUAGUGAUUACGUAAAUGAAGCAAACCUACAAUCAUUUGAAAGUGUGUACAAGAACACAGGAGAUUUGGCUAAGAGGCUGAACUCAUCACUGCUACCUACAGUGAAAGAUCAGGGAAGUGUGAUGAAAGAAAGAAGAGAAAGAUGCACAGACACACAGCCCAAGCCAGAACAUGAUCCCCUGCGCAUACCUACCAGACAUCCCCCUGCUGCAUACCCUCCAAACUGGAGAGACCCAUUGAAUCCAUUUGCUGCAGGAAGGGCUGACCUUGAUCCCUUUAGUGGGACAACAGAGGGCAUGAUUGUGGAUCCAUUACGAGCAGGCUUCCCUCGUUCUGGCUUUGACCCUUCAAGUGGAAUUCCUGGAGUCCUCCCUCCAGGGGCAGUGCCCCCUGGUGCCCGCUUUGACCCUUUUGGACCAGUUGGCAGAUACAGAGCUGGGCCAGACCCUGAUCACCUGCCCCGGCCAGGCUAUGAUGAUAUGUUCAUGUAGAAAUAUCCUGGGUCUACUGGAAGACUUCUUGUUCCCUUAAUGUACUAAAAUUCUUACAGCUUUUGCAAUUAACAAAAAGGUAGUUAAUCCUGUUUUCAUACUAUGUGCUCCAAAGGGGCAAUGUUUUUGUUAAAUAAAGAGGGAUUUUCAUUCAUAUUCAGUUAGAAAGUAGGUUAAUAUUUUCAUUUUUACAAAAUGUCAUUGUCCCAAGCAAACUGUAUUGAGAUGCAUUUGGUUCAGCAUGAGACUGUUUAAUGUGUUUCAUUACUGCUUCAAAUAAAUAAAUAAAUAAAUAAAUAAAUAAAUAAAUAAA